CCAUCAUGUGAGGAGGAAUCGAAGAGAGAAAGAAAGAAGGAAUUUAGUUAACACUGUAAAAAGAGUGACAGCACAAAUAAUAAGGAAAGACAAAGAAAAAGGAAAGAAAAAAGAGAAAACAAUGGUGAAGACACAUAGAUGCAAGAAACUCUCAUGUAAAGAGCAACCUUUGGACCAAGAAAGGCAUAGAAGAAUAGAGAGCCUAGAUGUGAAUUCCAGUCCUUCAUUGAUGCUGAAUAUUGCCCUUGCACUCCAACAUGUGCUGGUUCUGUCCUCUCUGUGUGCGCUGGUUGUGGAAACACUCAUUCAGGAAGUAGACAAAGACAGAAUAGUGGCCUAUGUGUUCUUUAACUCAGGUAUAUCUACACUGUUGCAGAGCUGGAUUGGAUCACGUUUGCCAUUGAUCUUGGCUCCAUCUUUGGACUUUCUGAUCCCUGCCUUGGCUCUGCUUUCUGCUCAGUCAGGGACUGCUGUGGCCUGCAGGGGGCAGUGCACUGAACCAGAGGAGCCUGUGGCCCCAGCACUCCCAAUAAGAGAGUUGAGAGGCAUGGCUGUGGUUGCAGGUAUGGUGCAGCUCGCUGUGGGUUUGACUGGUCUGGUUGGCUUUGCACUGGGACAUUGUGGACCAUUAGUUCUGGCUCCUCUUCUCUGCAUUCUGGGUUUUUCCAUCUACAGGGAGGCAGCACUGUUUUGUUCUGACCACUGGGGCAUGGCUGCACUGGCAGUUGUUCUUCUGGUGAUCCUGUCUCAGCAUCUGCACUACUUUCUGCAGCUGUCAGCGUUCUCCGUCUGCAAGAGACUUUCUGUACUUCUGUCUGUGAUGGUGACGUGUGGUGUCUGUGCUGCAUUGGUGCAUUGGGGACAUGUCCAUCUGAACUCUGUGACCCACAUGCUCUCAACAAAGAGAAACGCCACCUUCAUUCAGUCCAGGAAUGGUCCACACUCAUCUGACUUUGUCUUUCCUAAUGACUCUGUACCCUGGCUGGACUUCCCCCUUCCAGCUCCAGCGCUCCCCCUGCUGUCUGGGAAAAGCAUUGCAGCAGGAGUGGCAGCAGGCCUGUCUAGCAGCAUUAGCUCUCCGGCUGUCUACGUGGUGGCAGCUCGGCUCCUGAAGGCUCCUGUGGCCCCAGCACAUGCCUGUAACAGGGGCCUGUGUGUGGAUGGACUGGGAAGUGUGCUCUCUGGCCUGAUGGGGGCGCCAGCAGGAAUGUGCAGCAGUGUGCCUAAUGCAUGUGUUAUUGGGCUCAGCCAGUCUGGGUCCCGGAGCAGUGUGCAGCUCGCUGGGGUGUUGUUGUUAAUUCUGGGGGUGUCUCCUCAAUUAGCUCAGAUGGUCUGCUCAGUCCCUCUGGCCAUCCAUGGUGCGGUGCUCAGCGUGACCUACACGCUUUCCGUAGCAACAGGGAUAACUUAUUUCCAACAUGCAGAUGUUGACUCUGGACGCAACAUUUUUAAUAUCGGCUUCACAGUGUUCAUGUCACUAGCACUGCCACGCUGGUUCAGACUUCACUCUAACUUCAUACAAACAGGUGUACCCAGUGUUGAUGUGUUUCUCCGGUCUCUUUUAACCUUGCCCGUUCUCUUUGUGGGGGUUUUGGCUUUUCUUCUAGAGCACACGGUUUCAGGGACUUUGCCUGAGAGGGGUCUUGUGCGACAUGAAGGCACAAAGAAGAUUCUGUCUCUCGCUGACCUGCAGCAGGGUUACAGCCAUAGUCCAAACACGGUGUAUGACCCUCCUCCACUCGUGAUGAAAGUGCUGGACCUGAGGGGCUUGAGAACCAUCCCGUUCUGUGCCUGCAGAAGCCCUCCUGUUGAAGAGGUGGUAGUGACAGUCCCAGAGAUGUCUAGCCUAUUACCUGACAAGGAUGCUGCUGUUAGAAGCAGCUGAAGUUGUUCACUCCAACUUCUAUUGUAGUUUUUUUGUAUUUAACUUUUUAUAAAUUGUAUUAUGUUUAUGAGUGGUACAGUUUUGUAUUACUUCAACCUUUUUGACUUGAGGACCCACCCAUUAACCCUCUGGAGUCUAAGGGUAUUUUUGGGGCCUUGAGAAGUUUUGUCAUGCCCUGACAUUUGUGCUUUUUUCAGUUUCUUAUAAAUAUCUAAAUGGGUAAAGUCUAAUAUCACUGUAAUCAGCACAAACUGGGCUAUAAUAAUAUGUGAAACCCAUGCAUGUACAUGAUUGUAUUUUUGAGAAAAAAAAUGUUAUGCAUGGUUAGUGAAAAACUAAAAAUGUUAAAUCACUUGAAUAAGGGAAUAAAACACAUACAUAAAAUUGGUUGCCGGAAAAGUUGAGAACUGGAGCUUGUAGCCUAGAAUUUUUCUUUCUGAAUGAUGUGAAAAUCAUCUUGUUUACUCACUCACAGAAAACAAUAUAUUGAUUUAAAUUUUCUAAAACACUUUUUGUUGGUAAAAGUCAUAUGCAAGUAGGCGUCAACUAUCAUGAAUAUCAUUGUGAUUUACACCUGAGAAGACAAAGGCCUGCAUAAUGAGCUGCAUAAUGAGCUGCAUAAUGAGCCUCUCAUUCAACUGUGCUACUGUGAGUGAGGACUUACAAGAAAGAGAACAAAAUAAAAGUAUAUAAUUUUAUGUUUGUAGUUUAUUAAGAAUAUAUUUAAUUAUCCCACAACAUAAUUUAAUAUCCACUUGGGGGAGCAGUUAAACAGUUUAUUAGGAACAAUCAAAGCUGACUUUCAAAUUUUUUGGCAUCCUUUCUCUAGUCACACAAUCCUUCAGAAAUCCUUUUAACAAUCUUAUUUUCUACCAAAUAAACCCCAUUUAUUAUCAUCAUCAUUAUUAUUAUUAUUAUUAUUAUUAAUGUUGAAAAGAGCUGAUAAUAUUUUUCAGUUUUUUUUAGGGGGAAUAAAUCGAAAGAACUGCAUUGUUUUUACAUUUGUUAGAGUUAUCUCUAUUUGUCACAUUUAUAUUAUU